AUGCAGAUUUAUUUUUCUGCAUUUUACUUAAUUAUAUAUUUUCUUUUUAUUUUAUGUAAAAUUAAAGGUGAUUGUGAUUUCUCUAACUAUUCCUUAAAUUUGUCUGUUAAUGAAAUAUUAAAUAAAAAUGAAGAAGAUAAUCUUGAUAAUGUAAAAUAUUGUGUAAAAUUUACAAAAGGUCUUGAAGUUUUAACUUUUAUAUGCCCUAAAAAAUCUACUAAUUAUGAAGGAAUUGAAAUCAGACCUUCUAAUUGCUUCGAAACUGUUAGAAUAAAUGGAAGGAAUGAAAAUUUAGGUGAAUUAUUAAAAGGAAGUGUAUUUAAAAAUAGUGAAACAGAUUCUUCUAUUGUAAGAAAAGUUUUUAUCUCACCAGCAAUUACAGAAGAUAUGCAUUUUGAAUGUACAUGUGAUAACAGUUUAACAUUUAAAGAAAAUAAUAUGGGUACAAGAGGAAUUAUGAGAGUUCAAUUAAAAAAAAAUAAAAUUUUUGGUUGUGAUUUUGACCAUGAUGGGAAUUUGUUUGAAAAAAGUUCAUUUGUUAAUUACUAUGAAAAAUCAACAAUAAAUUCAAACGAAAAUAUUACUUGUAAUGUCACAGUAAACAGUUCUGAAGUAAUUUUAGGUAUAAUAUGUCCAGAAGAGUAUAAAUUAUUCCCUGAUAAUUGUUUUGAAAAUAUUUUCCACGAAAAUGAAAUUGUAAAAAUAAAUAAGUUGGUGCCACAUGAUAUAAAAUUACACAUUAACAAAAAUGGGAGAAUUUCAUUUGCAUCGUUUGCAUUAAACAAGAAUGAAAAAAUAAAAAGUUUUUCAUGUCAGUGCAUUAAAAAUAAAAAUUCUCGUCUAAGUGCAAAUUUUGAGUUUAAUUUGAAUUAUGAAUCUUCCAUUUUCCAUGUAUACAUAGUUUCUUUUGUAAUAUUUAUUUUUUUUUUAAUAACUUUUUUUUUAGUAUUAAAAUGUAGAAUUGCUCUUUAA